GAUUCUGGUUUAGGGAAACAAUUUAUCAUUGAUACGCUAUUUUAUUGUGAAAUUAGUAUUACCUUUCUGAAUCGUAAUUAAAUUGUUGCGUUGGCCUUUUAAAUUCUUAAUUGUGCUCGUUAAUUGUUCAACCUCCUCUUCUCACCUUGGCACUUGAAUAGAACCAGGUAAACAUUUGUCAUUUUCCACCAGAUUUCAUCACUCAUUUCAUUUCUGUUGCAUCCAAAUGGAGGCUCUUCUUGAAGACUACAUCAGUCCUGAUGAUUUGAAAGGAUUUGAAUGUAAUUACCACGAAAGUCGUAAAAAUGGAACACUCACUUCCCAGACACAAUUCGAAUAUGCCUGGUGUUUAAUUCGAAGUAAAUAUCGAGCAGAUAUCAACCGAGGAAUCGUUCUACUGGAAGAGUUGUGUCAUAGUCAAGCUGGUGAAGAGAAACGCGAUUAUUUGUUUUAUCUCGCGAUCGCAAACACAAAAAUCGCCGAUUACAGUCGAGCUUUGGACUGUAUCGAUAAGUUUCUUCUAGCAGAGCCAAGUAAUAGACAAGCAUCCGAAUUGAAGAAGAUAAUCAAAGACAGAAUCAAACGAGAUGGGCUAAAAGGAGCAGCGAUCGCCGGUGGAGCUGCUCUAGUUGUCGGCGGUCUUGUUGGUCUUGUCGGAAUGGCUUUGGCUCGAAAAUAACUAAAUCUGUUUAAAUUUUAUCUUUUAAUGUCAUUAUCAAGUUUUCUAAACCUGUGCGACAAUAUACUAGAUUUUCAUGUUCUAUCAACAUGAACCAUUCCUGUAAGAAUCAUAUAUUGUCAAAUUUGCUUAUUAUUGACAGUCUAAUCAACUAUCCAUUGAUUGUUCGUAAAACAAUAAUAUAAGAAAAUUGUGAUUUAAA